CAUUGGGGCCAGUGGGCUCAUCAUCAUCAUCGUCGUCACAUACAUGUAGCUGCAGCCAGACACCCCAUGCAACACACUGUCCUAUGCAUCGUCACGAAGCAGAGGCAGACCCCAACGAUUGUAACGCGCACACUAGAGCUGUUGCCACGACAACCAGGUGUCGGAGAACAGUUGGGAUCUCACCGGAAGCGAGAGGUUUACCCAGGGAGAGACCCAAGCAUACAUGCGACAUUAGGCUACGGGUACGUGCUGAAUACUGCUGUCAUGAUAGCGCCCUCGUAGGUCAACUUCACUCCAAUGAACGUGAUCCACUGAUGCGACAUUUAGAGCUUUUCUCACAAGCCAGCGCUAUCUUGAAAUCACGUGACCUGGGAUCCAUAGUGUGCGACAUCAAGUUUUCAGAGUUAACGUACUUGGAUGCGUUCUGGCGAGACUACAUCAACGGUUCACUUCUAGCGGCGCUCAAGGAUGUCUUCAUCACCGACUCGCUCCGAGCGGCCGUGGGAGACGAAGCCAUCAAACUCUUAGUCAAUGUUGAUGAAGAUGAUUAUCGAGCUGGGAGAAGCAAACUUCUUUUAAAUCUCAUAAGUUGAUGACUGACUGAGCAGAUUUGAUGAAAAAACUUUGAACUACUAAAUAAUACAGAUCUUUAAAGAAAAAAGUGAUAUUGUCACUGCAUGUGCGCUGCAUGCACUGCAGACUUUUGAGCUAUGGACUUCUUGUAUUCAAUUCUGUACAUCUUUUAUUUGUAAAAGAAAAAUGAUGAUAUUCUAUUUUUUUAGAUUUUAUUUGUUGAUAGAAAACAUCAUCCAGGCAUUGCAUUUUGAUGAAAAUGAUGGCCUUGAAUUUGAAGUGUACCAAUCACCUGAAAAAAUGAUUUAUGGUGUGUUAGAAUGUCUAAAAUCAACCUUAACAAUUUUUACCUGGCAUUCUAUAUUAUAGAAUGUCAAAGUGAACGGUUAAGGAGUAUGAAGAAAAUAAAGCAUAACACAAAACCCUGCAUAUGGGGCUUGUACAGAACCCAAGUAGGACAUGGGAUUCAAUGCGAGUCCUAUUCUGUGCGAGUGAUUCAGCUUGCGUUAAAGGGAUAGUUGAGUUCUUGUUUAAGACCGCAAAUGUCUUCAAAGUGCAUGUUUAUUGUUCUUAUUCUUAUUUAUGAUAUUUCUAGUGCCCUUUCAGAACCUAAAAUUGCUAUGAAGGUAAUUUUAGACCCCGAAAUGUGCGAAGUUAGAUUGGAUACGAUCAUACCAAUUCAGCUCCACUUUCAAAACAAUAUGGUGACCGUUAAUGAAUUAAUAAUAAUAAUAAUACACGGGCCGGCUAGUUGUGCGUAUUAUAACAAAUACGAAGAAGCCAACAAAAUGCCAAUAUUGGCAUUGGCUGGAAAAAAAAAAAUGGCUGCUUCGAAAUUACUGAAUAUUUGUGGGGCACCACAAAUAUUAGAAACAGUUAUAUUUAUGGAUAUUUCAGCCGUCUCUGAACUGAUUUUGAUCAAACAAAGAUGAUUUUGUCAUUUAAUUUGUAUAAUCUUUCAAAUUGACACUCUGUUUUUCAUCAUCUCACAAUUUUUUUUGUGUGUAGCGCCCUCUGCAACAGAACUCAACUAUCCCUUUAAGUUGUCUACUCAACAUGACGUUUUAACUGCAAUUUAAAACUCUUUGUAGAAUUAAUAUUUCGAUCUCAUAGUUUGAAUAAGAGUGUAGCAGCA